AUGUAUGUGAAAUGCUUUGAUACAGUAAUGUUUUACUAUGUGAUUUUAGUGUAUUUAGUGAAUGUCAUGUUUUCACAUUUAUAAAUUUCCCGCUGUUCCGUCCCCAUACGUCCUGACGUCGCACGGAACGGAACCCAGAAGACAGAUGCCUGGGACACUACAGGAGGGACAUCGCGGGAGCGCAGGACAAGGUAAGUGAAGAAGAGAUCCCGGAGCAACGCUGCAAGGUAUUCCUGAGUGUAGCUUGGGGUUACCGCUUGUGCUACACUCGGGAAUACCUCCAGGGAGGUUAAGUU